AUGUAUUCAGAUGAUGAACUUUAUGAUUGCACUUAUAAUCAUUCUGAUGAAAAUUAUAGAAAGGAAAGACUUAAAUUAUUCCCAAUCGAUGUAUGGGUUUUCAUAAUAUUAUGUAUCAAGAAAUAAAUAUAAAUUAUAAGCACCAUUAACAUUUUUUGGAACAUCAAAAAUUGUAUAUUAAUUUUUAAAAGACACUAAACUAUUUGGAAUUCCAGGAGAUAGUGUAUUUGUGAUUACAAUUACCAAUUAGAUUUUAAGCAUUGUUUAAUUUUCAACAGCUAUAUAUGUUUUAAUUAAUGAGGAGGCUCCAUUAAUGAAUGCAUUUUGUAAAGUAAUGAGAUAAAUAAAAUAGAUAACAGGAUUAGCAACUUCAAUAGUAUUUGUGAUUUCAAAUCUUAAUAUAUUUGUUUAUGCAGCAUAUCCUUUAGCCUUAGUAUAUAAUGCACUUAAAUCAACAGCUAGAUUAUUAAGAAUAUUUAAUUAUUCACUAGUUAUUAUUAUCAUUCUAAUAGUUAUUAUUGAAAAUGACAUUGUUACUCCUACUUUAAAUGGGUAUUAAUAAAUUAAUUUUAGUAUAUGUGCAAUAUCAGCAACUAAUAGUGAAAUAAUGGAUUUAAUAAUUUCUAUAAGCUAUUUAUUAAUUUUCUUAUUGUUUGGUUCAAUGUCUGUAAUAUAUGUAAUAACAUUAAAAAAAUUAAUUCCAAAAGAAUCAACAAUGAGAAAAGCAAGAGGUUAAUUUCUUAGACAUUAUCAAAGAUUUAUAGGUUUCAGUCUUAUAAUGAAAUUUCUACUUGGAAUAUUUAGUGCUAUUAAUUUAUUGAAUUGUUAUAAAUUUCAUCAAAGUUGGUUAGAAGUUUCAGAGACAUUACAAAAUAUCAUUUAAGCAUUAUGUAUUCUUGGAUAAACAAUUAUAAUUUUCAAUGAUUCAUCACUUAAAUUAACUAUAAAUAAUUAAUAAAUAUCAGAUGAUACAAAAGAAAUUUCAUUAUAAUGUAUUUUUGAUAUAUAAUUAAAUAGAAUUUAAUGUUCUUGAAUAAUUACAUAAAGAAAUGAAGAAAACUUAAAUAACUUCUAUGUUAGCUGGAGUAUAAAUACUUAGAAGAAUUAAAUAAGAAGAUGUUAUAUAAUAUAAAGAUUUAAUUAUAAAUGAAGAUUAAGAUGGUAGUGGUAGUAAUUCUAGUUAAGGAGAUUUAAGUGAAUUAAUGGAUACAUUCUCAUAACCAUUUACAAUAGAAGAAAUUGAAGAAUGUUUAGUAACUAAUAUAAAUAAUGAAAUAUUAAAAGAGAAAUUAAAUAUAAAUAUUGAAAUUUAAGUAUUUUCUAUGAGAUGUAUACUUUAUGCACCUAAAAUUUUUAAUUAUUUUAUUACUUUAGAUAAUAUUGAUAUAGAAGAUUGUUUUGAUUUAAUUAAGAAUUCAUCUAUUAUUGAUUAAUUUACUGGACCAGAUGGAGGUAAAAGUGGAGAAUUCUUCUUUUUCUCUUAUAAUAAUUAAUUAAUCAUAAAAACUAUGAGAUAAAGUGAAGUUAAUGCAUAUAAAAAGAGAUUAUAUAAUUUUGCUACUUAUCAAUUUAAUAAUCAUUAAUCUUUAAUUAAUAAAAUAUAUGGAAUGUAUACUUUUGAAAGACAAGAAAAAUCAAAUUUAAGAGUUCAUUUCUUAAUAAUGAAAAAUAUUUCAUUGGGUAUUCCAAGAAAUUAAAUUUUAAGAACUUAUGAUAUGAAAGGAUCUGAAUAUGAUAGAGAAGUACUUGCUAAUAAACCUUCAAGUGAUCUAUCAAAAAUGACACUUAAAGAUCUUGAUUUCUUUAAAAUUGAAACAUAAAUUUGGAUUGAAGAAUCAAUUUCUAAAAGUUAUAUUUUAUUAUUAUUAAUUUUAGAAUUAAAUUAAUCUCUUAUUAAUGAUGCUAAAUUUUUAGAAAGAUAACAAUUAAUUGAUUAUUCUUUACUUAUUAUGAUCAUAGAUUGGAAUUAAAAAGAAACAUAAUUAUAAAAGUAUUUAGAUGGAUAAUAAAUAAAUAUUAUUCCAUCUAUUAAAGAAAAAGGAGUAUAAUUUUAUUUUUAUUUAGAUAUAUUAUCAUAUUGCUAUAAUAGAUUAUUUAUAAUAAUGGAAUGUUAAUAAAUCACUAGAAAGAAAAACUAAAAAAAUUAUUACAAUGAAUAUGUAAUUAGAUACAUCAGCAUAAGAACCAAAUAUAUAUGGAAAAAGAUUUUAAGAUAAAUUAAUUAAUAGAAUAGUACCUCUGAAAUGA